AUGGCUGGACUCAACGUCUCCUUUGGGUACUUCUUUGCUGUGGUGGCUUUCUGCGAGGUGAUCAGGAGGACUUCCAAAAAGCUUUUGCCGUUUUGGUUCUACUCCAAUGUUCUGCUCGAGCUCCUGGCUUGCCUGCAGCAAGCUGCCUGCUGGUUUGAGCUCCGGAUGCUGGUGAUCAUAGGGCCAUGGGGCGGUGGGUUUGGAAUGGAUGUGGUUAUGACCCUGCUGUUCCUCCUCACCUCGGUCCACGAGGCCACGUGUGACAGAGCUGAGGCCAACCCCCUGGUCACAGCGCAGGGAUUCCUCCGCUCCAACAGUCUUGCAGUGACCAGCAUUGUGAAGAUCUUGGCCCAGUUUGCAGGGAUGCAGUUAGCCAGCGCCGGGGUGAAAAGGUACUGGUCCUGGGAGCUGACAGAUUUCCACCUGAUUCAGAACAUGAUGGCGAGGGACUGCAGCUCAGCUAUCGAGACAUCGGUCAGCCAAGGAGCUUGUGUUGAAGCUGCUUGUGCCUUCCUUUUCCACCUGGUGCUGAUGAAGUUCGAAGGAGCAGCUCUCGGAUACAGGAUCCUCUCUAAGGCUCUGACCAUCACUGCUCUAGUGCACGUAGCUGGCCCCUACACAACAGGCCUGUUUAAUCCAGCACUUGCAUUCUCAACCACGUUUCACUGUUCUGGAAAUACAUUGUCAGAAUACAUGGUAGUCUACUGGCUAAGUCCAUUUAUUGCAACAAUUUUGGCCAUCUUUUUGUUCAGUGGAAACAUUCCUCGGCUUUUCUGCAAAAAUCUACUCUACACACAACGGACAAAGUACAGAAUUCCCAAAGGAAAUUCAGCACAGGAUCAGGACGAGAACAAGUCAGUCAGCAGUCAAGGAAAGGAGACUCUUGGAAGAGGAGCUCAACGAUGAAUCCUUGUAUCAGAAAAACACGCAAGAUCGGAGGUUUGAUAUGAGGAGUUUGUGUGUAAACCUUGUGUUUUAUUUUGUCAAGUGAUACUUUGUCUGAAAGAAUGGUGAAACCCGAUCUAUUACUAAUUAUCUAAAGGAAAUUGGUUACAUAUACUGAAAAAAAAUACAUGCAGUUGGAAAUAAAUCAGGAAUGAUUGGAUAGCUCAUUCAAAUAUUCAGCAGAAAGACAAGGGGCUAAAUGAUCUUCUCCAUCGCUGUAAGAUUCUGUGAGUCUGUCAGCAGAACUUGAAGUCACAGUGUGCUUAAAGGUCCCUACUGCGGCUUAUUCCAGCGUGUCCUAAGUAUCUCACCUUGUAACAAUA